AGAGCUAAAUCAUUUAUGUUUUGAUCGACAAUGGAAUUGAUAAACGAUUUCCUCAACCUAACUGCGCCUUUCUUCACCUUCUUUGGCCUCUGCUUUUUCUUGCCUCCUUUUUACUUCUUCAAGUUCUUGCAGUCUAUUUUCUCGACCAUUUUCUCGGAAAAUCUUUAUGGGAAAGUGGUUCUCAUCACUGGAGCGUCCUCCGGUAUCGGCGAGCAAUUGGCAUAUGAGUACGCAUGUAGAGGUGCAUGCUUGGCCCUGACCGCCCGAAGGAAGAACCGUCUAGAGGAAGUGGCAGAGAUUGCUCGUGAACUCGGAUCUCCCAAUGUUGUCACCGUUCAUGCUGAUGUCUCCAAACCUGAUGAUUGUAGACGCAUCGUUGAUGACACCAUCACCCAUUUUGGCAGAUUGGAUCAUCUUGUAAAUAAUGCUGGGAUGACGCAGAUUUCAAUGUUUGAGAACAUUGAAGAUAUAACAAGGACAAAAGCAGUUUUGGAUACUAAUUUCUGGGGGUCGGUUUACACAACUAGUGCUGCGCUUCCUUACCUUAGACAAAGCAAUGGCAAGAUUGUGGCUAUGUCGUCCUCUGCAGCGUGGCUAACUGCUCCAAGGAUGAGCUUUUACAAUGCAAGCAAAGCAGCUUUGUUGAGCUUCUUUGAGACGAUGAGAAUUGAGCUUGGUGGCGAUGUACACAUUACAAUUGUCACACCUGGUUAUAUAGAAUCCGAACUCACACAAGGCAAGUUCUUCUCUGGUGAAGGCGAGUUAAUAGUCAAUCAAGACAUGAGAGAUGUUCAAAUAGGACCCUUUCCGGUAUCAUCGGCAUCAGGAUGUGCCAAGGCGAUAGUGAACGGUGUUUGCCGGAAACAAAGAUACGUGACAGUACCAUCGUGGUUUAAGGUGACAUACCUUUGGAAAGUGCUAUGUCCUGAGUUGAUUGAGUGGGGUUGUCGGUUACUGUACAUGACUGGAACUGGUAUGUCCGAGGAUAGUGCACUCAACAAGAGGAUCAUGGACAUUCCUGGUGUACGUAGUGCUCUGUACCCGGAAUCUAUCAGAACGCCAGAAAUCAAGUCGGAUUAGAGAGAUGUUGAUGCAUAAUAAAUAGAUGAGAUGAGAUGUAUCUUGAGUAUGUGCAAUGAGUAAUAAUAAUCAAAGAAAUGGGUGAAAAUGUAGGUUUGUUUUUGUGAAUGGUACUUUUGACUAUGUAUAUUAACUAUGUGUCUUUAAGAAUAAGUGAGUUGCCUAAUA